GAUUGGGAUGCUUUGUAUCUGGAGAGGCGCUCCUGAUUGGCCUGAGGGGCCCCCCAGCUCCGGGGAGUUGUCCUCCAUUCAGCCCACUCAAGGGCUGCACAACUGCUUCCAGCCGGACGGAGCGCGGCCCGCCGCGCCGGGCCUGUCCCAGGUCAGCUCGGUGCCCUUCUGUGGAGUUGCCGACCACCAGCAGAACCCACCCUCUUCAUGGAAAGCCCCGUGCAGUGGCCCCCUGGUGAUGGCAUCUGACAGUGAUGUGAAGAUGCUGCUGAACUUUGUGAACCUGGCGUCCAGUGACAUCAAGGCAGCCCUCGAUAAGUCCGCACCCUGCCGCCGCUCCGUGGACCACCGCAAGUACCUGCAGAAGCAGCUCAAGCGCUUCUCCCAGAAGUAUUCCCGGCUCCCGAGGGGCCUUCCUGGCAGAGCGGCUGAGUCCCACCUGAGGCGAGGGCCCGAGGACCGGCCUGGGAGGCUGCUCCUUGAUCCAGGCCCUGAGUCCAGCCCUGGUGGGGGUAGGGGCUACAAGGAGAAGGCCUUGGGGAAUCCCUACAGCGAGGAAUGUCUUUCUAAGGAGCAGGUCCUACAGGGGCAGAGUCCAGAAGCUGCCAGGCCUGGCCAGGUGCCCAUGAGGAAAAGACAGCUGCCCGCUUCCUUCUGGGAAGAGCCGAGGCCCACCCACAGCUACUCCAUGGGGCUGGAGGGGGGACUGGGCCCCAGGGAGGGACCUCCCUAUGAGGGUAAGAAAAAUUGCAAGGGGUUGGAGUCCUUGGGGCCUGAGGCUGCCGCAGUGCCCAUGUCCCCAAGGGCACUGGCUGAAAAGGAGCCACUCAAGAUGCCUGGGGUUUCCCUGGUGGGCCGCAGCAGUGCCUGGAGCUGCUGCCCCUUGCAGUACCAUGGACAGCCCAUCUACCCAGGCCUGCCAGGGACCCUGCCUCAAAGCCCCAUCCCCAGCCUUGGCCUAUGGAGGAAAAGCCCGGCCUUCCCUGGGGAGCUGGCCCACUUCUGCAAGGAGGUGGAUGGCCUGGGGCAGGUGUGCAGGCCAGUGGUGCUGAAGCCCAUCCCCACCAAGCCAGCCAUGGCCCCACCCAUCUUCAAUGUCUUUGGCUACCUCUAGCAGGGCUGGCAGGGCUUCGGCCCCCACCUCCAGCUCACAGGAGUGUUCGGGGCUCUAGGUGCUCUCCUCUGAGGAGGGGCUGGGCAGUGGUGUGGCCUCUUGGGCAUUCCCAAUGCCCCUUCCCUUCUUGUUGGGGGAGGAAGGCAGGUUUGGGGCUGAGGCUUUUCACCCUUGCAGCCUAGGGAGCUAUGGGGCUCGGGUGGCCCCCUCCAACCAGGCCGGAGCCCAACAGCUCACCUGCUGUCCCUGUGCAGACCAUGGGCAGUAGGAUGGGGCCCUUGCCUACCAGCCACCCCUAGAAGCCAGUUACACAUCUGUUUAUCUGCCACCCACUGUGUGAGCCAAUCUCAGUUGUUCUUUUUGUUCUUUGUAAAUAUUAAGAAGGUUAAAUGAAUAAAGACA